AUGCCUUACAUUGUCGGUCUCAACAGCGGUUCGUCAUUUGACGGCGUGGACGCUGUUCUCUGUUCCAUCGAUAUUGCUGAAGAUGGCCAUCCCAGCCGCCCCAAGUUCAUUGAUGCCCUCACAGUAGACUGGCCCGAGGAGCUGCAACCGCUGAUCAUGAAGGCAUUUGAGAACGAGCUCACUAUAUUUGAAAUGACACGCGUCAACUACGCCGCCGGUGCCGUUUAUGCCGAAGCUACGAAUGCCCUGCUCGCCAAAGCUGGUAUCAAGCCCGAAGAGGUUGAUGUACUAGGGUACGACGGUCAAACUGUCUACCAAGAGCCUCCCGAGCGUCAAAAGAUUGCCGAAUACGCUGCUAGCGGUAGCAAGAGCCUGGUCGACCUUUGGCUAAAAGGUGGUUAUCCAUGUGGCUAUUUCAUAGUUGAAUCAGGAGUUGUCGCUGCUCUCACCAAUAUCACUACCGUUACACAAUUCCGUCCCGUUGACCAUGCACUUUGCGGCUCUGGAGCCCCUCUCAUGCAGUAUCUCGAUUUUGUCUCCUUCCGCAACGACGGUCCAACGGUGACACUCAAUAUCGGCGGGAUUGCAAAUCUCCAAUUAGCCGAUAUCGAUCGCAGCAAGAUGAUGGCAUUCGACACCGGCCCAGGUAACGUCAUGCUAGACCAUGUCAUCAAAGUACGCACAGGCCGCACAUACGACAAGGACGGCGAAAUGGCCGCCAAAGGUACCGUUAUCCAGCCCUUGCUCGAGGAGAUGCAAAAACACGAAUUCUUCCUCCGCAAACCACCCCGUUCAGCAUGGAGACUCGAUUUCGGAUCCAAGUACGCCGACGACAUCCUCAAACGCUAUGCCUCCUCCUCUACCGAAGACCUCCUCGCCACCUUUUCAAUGUUCACUGCAACCUCAAUUGAGCGAGCGCUCGUCGAUUUCAUCCUUCCACGAACCAAAGUCACAAAGGUCGUCGCCAGUGGCGGUGGCACCAGAAAUAAUACGCUCAUGCGAUUUUUGACCGAGCGUAUGGAAGCACAUGGACUCAAGACCUGUGUCAGCGACGAGUUCGGCCUUCCUGCCGCAUACAAAGAAGCCAUUAAAUUCGCUACUCUGGCUUUUGCUACAAAGAGUAAUCUUGCAAACAAUAUUCCUGCUGCUAGCGGUGCGUCGUCUUUUGCUGUGCUUGGAAAGUUGACGUUUGCGCCUAGAGUUGCUCGGGGAACUGGGCCUGUUCAGGGUAAGUGA